AUGAUCAGGAUCUUCCCGGACUUCAGCGUGCAGGUGACGGCCUCGGCGGCGGGAGGAGCCGGUGGAGGGUCCGGCGUGUCUGGAGGAGGAGCGGCGGGGGGCGCGGUGUCCGGGAUGGUGAACGCCGCGUCAGGACCGCCUUUGGGCCGCGUGCCGGUGGUGCCAGGACCCGGUGCCACGAACGGGACUCCGCAGAGCGCGCAAGGACUGGGCGCGUAUCAGAGCGACCCCUACUGGGAGCGAGGUGCCAGUGCGGGCAGCUGCUCCGCCCCUCGACCCAAGACUCUGCAGCUGGGACAGCAGCACACCUCGUCUCCAUGGCUUCAGGCUCUGAGGAAGGAGAAGUCCAGAGACGCAGCUCGCUCUCGCAGAGGGAAAGAGAACUUUGAGUUUUAUGAGUUGGCAAAAAUGCUCCCUCUGCCUGGAGCCAUCACCAGUCAGCUGGACAAAGCGUCCAUCAUCCGUCUGACCAUCAGCUAUCUGAAGAUGAGGGACUUCGCCAACCAGGGAGACCCGCCCUGGAACCUGCGCAUGGAAGGACCGCCCCCCAACACGUCUGUCAAAGCGAUCGGAGCUCAGAGGAGGCGGAGCCAGAGCGUCGUGGCGUCUGACAUUUUUGAACCUCACCUGGGCAGCCACAUCCUGCAGUCUCUGGACGGGUUUGUUUUUGCUCUGAACAAAGAAGGACGAUUCCUCUACAUCUCAGAGACCGUGUCCAUCUACCUGGGACUGUCGCAGGUGGAGCUCACGGGCAGCAGCGUCUUUGAUUACCUGCACCCUGGGGACCACGUGGAGAUGGCCGAGCAGUUGGGGAUGAAGCUUCCUCCGGGUCGAGGCGUUUCUCUUCAGACCAGUGUCCAUGACGACGGGGCCUCCUCUGCCUCCUCCUCCUCCCACUCCGACUCCCCCGAACCAGUGGAGUCGACCAGCCCCAGCCUCCUGCCUCCAGACAACACGCUGGAGAGGUCCUUCUUCAUCCGAAUGAAGUCUACGCUCACCAAGAGAGGAGUACACAUCAAGAGCUCAGGAUACAAGGUGAUCCAUGUGACGGGGCGUCUCCGGAUCCGCAUGGCGCUCACUCACUCGCGGGCAGUGCCCGCUCAGGUCAUGGGCAUGGUGGUGGUGGCACACGCCCUGCCCCCACCCACCAUCAACGAAGUGAGGAUAGACUGCCAAAUGUUUGUGACCAGAGUCAACAUGGACCUCAAGAUCGUCUACUGCGAAAACAGGAUCAGUGACUACAUGGACCUGGCUCCCGGGGACAUUGUGGGGAAACGGUGUUAUCAGUUCAUUCACGCUGAAGACGUGGAGGGCAUCAGACAGUGUCACCUCGACUUGCUGAACAAAGGCCAGUGUGUGACUAAAUAUUAUCGGUGGAUUCAGAAAAAUAGCGGCUACAUCUGGAUCCAGUCGAGCGCCACCAUCGCCGUCAACGCCAAAAACAACAGCGACAAGAACGUCAUCUGGGUCAACUACGUGCUCAGUAACCCAGAGUACAAGGACACGCCCCUGGACCUGGCUCAGCUCCCGACGCUCCCAGAGAAGACCUCAGAGACCGAAGAGUCCGAGGAAUCUGAGACCGAGUUUAAGGAGGCCUCAGACAACGAGAAGUCGGAGGGAAAGGCCAGUCACCUCUCGGAGCACAGCGAGGAUCCCGAGGUCGAAGCCAAACGCCAAACGCACACCAGCCAAGUGCACUGUUCCUCUGAACCUGAGCCCAAACGCCCGGACCACGGAACCGAUGGGAACUCCAGCAACCCGGAGAGCCAGGAGAGCGACGAGAGCCCGGAAAACUCUGAAAACGAAGCAGAGGACACUGAAGAAUCACGCACUAGUACAGGGAGGCUGACGAGGAUAACGGGACUGGGAGCGCUCAGUGGGAUCGGAGCCAUCAGCGCGUUGGGAAGUUUAGGUGGACUUCACAUUAAAGUGGAACAUUACGGAGAGAGCGAAGAGUUACAGACACGAUUAGCAAACUCUUCAUCGUCCGAAGAGGAGGGAGGAGAAGAAGAGGAGAAUUUAAACGAGCAAGAAUCAGGUUUACAAGAGUGUGAGAGUAAACUCCAGAAACGCCGGAAACGCAGGAAAUCUCAGCAGAAGUGGGAACGCAGUCGCAGGAUUCGCUUGUCCACGGAUUCUCCCAGUCCGAUUCCUUUGGGCGAGAAUGCCACGUUAGCGGAGAAUUUAGCGACUUCGGCUAACUCUCCGACGAACUCCACAGCGAUGUCAGCUUCCUCUGUGCUGAAAAUCAAAACGGAAAUGGCAGAACCGAUAAACUUUGAUAACGACAGCAGCAUUUGGAACUACCCGCCGAACCGGGAGAUUUCCAGGAAUGAGCCGCCGUACAGCAUGACGGCGAAACCAGCGUCAACGAACAACAACGGAACGCCUGAAUCCUUCCCGUCGCCGCAGGGCCAGAGCGUCGCCAUUCCGGACUCGGUGCUGACUCCGCCCGGGAACGACGGAGGGGGCGGAGCUACUGUGCGGAAAACGGCAAGCUUUAACGGUAACUCCACGCCAUCGUCUUCAGCGAGCGUGACAAGUUUAGCUCCGCCCUCCAGCGUGUCCUCUGCAGAUCCGCUGUCUCCGCCUCUAUCGGCGUCUCCGCGGGACAAGCAGCAGACCACGCCCACUACGUCCUCCACCAGCCCCGCCUCUUCCUGUGCGAGCUCCGCCCCCUCUUCCUCUGGCCCCGCGGUGCUGUACUCCGGAGACCUGGAGGCGCUGCAACGACUUCAGGCCGGAAACGUGGUUCUUCCUCUGGUGCACCGAGUGAGUGGGACGCUGGCCCCGACGAGUACCAGCGCCAGAGUGUAUACCACCGGGACUAUCAGGUACGCUCCGGCCGAUGUGACUCUCGCGAUGGCGCAGGGAAACCUUUUGCCGAACGCCGCGGUGAACUUCGUGGACGGCUCUGGUUUUGGUUUGGACCCGAAAACGCCGAUGGAGAUGCUGUACCACCACGUGCACCGGCUCAACAUGUCUGCAGCCGCCGCUGGGCCAUUUGUGGGCGCGAGUACGAAUCCCGCCUCCGGGCAAGUCACGACGGCCGAGGGGCUUUUCUCCUCACUGCCUUUUCCUGUCUACAGCAACGGCAUCCACGCCACGCAGGGCAGCCUGGAGCGCAAGGAGGACUGA